AUAGCGCGCAUGCGCGGUUGUGGUUUUGCCACGUACAGGUCGCUGUGAAGCGUUUCCGAUCAUCAGUCAGUCAGGCGUCGUUCAGCUAAAGUCCAGGACACACAAGGCUGCUGCUGGGAUUGACACGUCCAAACCACCAGCAGUAUGAAUGGCCAGCUGGACUUGAGUGGGAAGCUGAUCAUUAAAGCUCAGCUGGGCGAUGAUAUCCGCCGUAUCCCAAUCCACAAUGAAGACAUCACCUAUGACGAGCUCCUGCUGAUGAUGCAGCGAGUCUUCCGUGGGCAGCUACAGAGCAGCGAUGAAGUUACCAUCAAAUAUAAGGAUGAAGAUGAUGACCAUAUCACCAUCUUUGACAGUUCUGAUUUGUCCUUUGCAAUCCAGUGCAGUAGAAUAUUGAAGCUCACUCUUUUUGUGAAUGGGCAGCCUCGGCCACUGGAGUCGUCUCAGGUGAAGCACCUGCGUAGAGAACUGAUCCAUUUGAGGAAUAAAGUCAACAGCCUGCUGGACAGCCUGGAGCCCCCCUCAGAGUCUGUCCCAGAGAGCACCAACCCAGAAACCGAAUGUGUGAAUGAGGCAGUAGAUUCAACAGUGAAGCAGGCCCCUCCAGUCAGUGCUGCUAGCAUGUCUGCAUUUGACCCCCUGAAGAACCAGGAAGUGGUCAACAAGAAUGUAAUUUCUGCAUUUGGCCUGUCUGAGGAACCUGCCCAAGCUGUAGCCGCCACCGCCGCUGCAGAGGAGCGCUCUGCAACUCCAGACAGUAUUGCCUCUUCAUCCUCUGCAGCGCCCCCUUCUGCUGUGGCUCCCCAGGCUCCUCCAGCUUACUCAGGGGUCCAACAACCUCCCUCUGCUACUAUGGAUGGUCAGAUGUAUCAGCAGUAUCAGGCUCCAGGUGGAUACCCUCCAACAGCUGGUCCCCAGCAGCAGUACGGGAUGCAGUACCCUGCUGGUUAUACUCAGGCUGGUGUUCCUCAGGCUCCGCCUCCUCAGCAGCAGUUCCAGAAUUACCCCGCCCCUACUUCUCAGGCUGCUGGUGCUCCUGGCUCCGCCCCAGGGUUUUCCGGCCAAUCACAGCCUCCUGCUCCCCAAGGACCCACCCAGUACCCGCCUGGAGCAUUUCCGCCUCAAAACUACACAUCGUGA